AUGGAGGAAGUUCUACAAGACCCUGAAGUCUCCAAAGUAUUUCACGAUAAUGAAAUAACUAUAGAUUUGCUAUCAUCAGUCACUGAUGAAAUCCUACAAGAGCUGAUACCUCUUGUAGGGCCAAGAUUGAGGAUAAAGAAAAGAAUCGCCUCUUAUUUGAAUAGCCAGAAAGAAAAUAUUGAAAAUCAGCUACCUGAAUUACCUGAAAAUGAAGCAUCAAGCCAUUCCACAGCCACUUCAUUGAGCGAGAUAGAUUUUCUGUCAGAGACCUCGUUCGAUUCAUACUUUGGCGAUAACAUAGACAAAAUCCUUUAUAGGCCAAAGUUUGUCGAUUUCGAUUUAAAAACAAUCCUUUUGACAACACCAAUGGGGAACAGUAUAUUGAAAUUUUACGAAGUAAAUAACAUGUUGGACAACACACGACGUGGAAGAUUGGUGGACAUUAUUGUCAAGCAUUUAUACAAACAUAUUAUUAAUUAUCGUUUUAACCACGAUGAAUACACCAUAUUAUCGGCAAAGAUCAUUCAGCUAUUUCCCACUGAAGUUACUGCGACAUAUUAUGUUCAAAGCAUUGCGAAAAGAAACUCAGCGAGUGGUAAACAUGUUCUUGCUAAAGGACGUUUAGUGGACAAAUGUAGAAAUUUAAUAUUCAAUUGUGGCGAAGCAGUACCUUUGAAAAGAAAAAGAAAGGCAGCUGAAUCAUCAUCAUCUGACACACCGGAAGGAUCAAGCAGUACAGGUAGAUAA